CUGCGGACCUGCUCCACGUCAUUCAUUCUGUUACGACGAGGUGUUAUUGUACUUCGUUUCCUUCAGUGGCUUUGGCUUCAAUUGCUGGUGCUUUUCGAGUAAUUCGUGUGUUCCUCUAUCUAGUAUUUUGUUGUGCGCAUUUAGUAAAAGCGAGUUUUCAUUCGAGAGUGCUAAAUUUGGGCAUUUUUUGUGUGUUUUUUUCGAGCAUUCUUCGUAAAUCUUAAUCGCGUAUUCGUUGCAUAAGUAUUUUUUUUCGUAAAAAAGUGCUGUUUUACGAGUACGAAGUGCCUGACAACGAACCAGGAAAAGUGAUCAGUUCAAUUUCUAAACAGGAUAAUAAAGGCGAGGCAAUAAACCACGCAAGAUGCGCUCGAGUGUUGCGGAAAAUAGAUUCAUGUCCUGGCGUGCUAACGGCUUCCAAUAUGUCGACAAUGCAAAACGCAUCAACGAUGUCCAGCAUUUGCAACACUCGAGAGCCUUUAUGGGCGGAGGACUUCAUCGAUCUUUCGGAGUUCUGUCAGCCAUCCACCAUACCCACCAAAAUGGAGGACUUAGCGGAUGAACACGUUACUUCGCCAAUCAGCAGCACAGUUCAUGACCAUGGCUUUGAUUACUCAUUGGAAGUGAAUGACGGUUUGGAUAAUACAAUCGAAGAUACAUUUUGGUGUAUGGGAUCGCCUAUCGAUGCCAUGCAAGAAGAACUGUGUGAUCCGAUAUCUGAUUGGCUGUCAGUGACGUCUAAAGAAACCAACAACAAUUCAAAUACAAACAACAACAACCACAUCGGUAUCUUGAACGAUAAUCCUUGUUCGCGUUCGCAAAUCUAUAACAUUGGCGACACGUUGCUAAAUUCGACGUUUACAUCAUCCGUUCCUAAAAUCGCCCUUGCCCCCGCCCCUAGUGGAUCUUCGGCUGCUCUAACGACGGCAUACCAUCAUCAUCAUCAUCAUCAACAACAACGUAAAGAUCACCACGUGAAUUUACUAUCUUCACCUCCUCUGCAACCAGACACGACGUUUUUCGAUUCGAUUUUGAACAUGAGUGACGUUCCAUCUUCAAACGACCACUUACCACUUGAAAGUUUAUACCAAAAAUCGACCAGGACGAACGCCCCGGCCUCGGCGGCGGCGUUAUUCGCUACGGAGAAAAUACCAGAUACCACGUUCACGACGAACGCGUUUCGCAGUAGUCAUCAGCAGAGUAUAGCAGCAGCAGCGCCGCAGUCUUCUUCGUCGUCGCCUCCUUUGAUCGUCGCCGAAGAUACCAGAGCGCCUGCUGCCCCUGUAUUGAAUCGAGUCACCGCCGCCGAUACAUCGGUAUCUUCACCGUGUAGCGUACAGUCUCCGUCGAUCACGCAGUCGAAUCUGAAUACCAAUCUGGAUUCGUCGAUGGAGAAACACACAGCUAGCGGUAUAAUUAAUCGACGAAACGUUAAGUUGAAGCUGAAAAUGGAAGAAACGCCGAGAACGUCGUGUAGUCUGAAUACUCCGGAAAUGCUACAACCUCUGGUCACGAAAAAUUCCGAAUUCGAUUUGGUCUCGUUUGUAUUCGAUGAAAAUAAACCGUCGUUGCCAUUCGACGUAUCGAGUUUGCACAACAAUAAUAAUUCAUCAUCUUCAUCGAAUAACGUAGCCACCAAAGAUACGAUUUCGGCGAUAUCCGGUGCUGGUACAGAAACAACGUUCGCCACGACCACGGUAGUCGUUCCAAAAACCAGUCCUAUAAAUAUAAAAAUCGAACCGAAAGAAGAGCAAAUCGACGAGCCGCAACAGCAGUCCAAUACGACGACCGACAACAGAAUCGGCGUGAAAAGGGCCUACGAAACGGACGAUUCGUACGAUUUUGAGACGUCGUCUAAACGCAGCAGACGAUACUCGAACGUCAGCCAAUUAGAUUUAGAUGAUUUGACCCAAUUGGAAUCGGAGAAGUACAGAGAAUUGCGCAACAGAAACAACGAAGCGUCCAGGAGGAGCCGAGCGAAUCGUAAAAGUCGCGAAGUAGAAAUGCGAGAUCACGCCUCAAAAUUAGAAUCCGAAAAUCGAAGAUUAAAAGUAAAAGCCGAAGAAAUGGAAAAACUGGUGAAAAGAUUGAGGAAUUGUCUUAUGCAGCUGGUAUUGAAACGAAGAUAAAUCACAUCGAAUCGAACGCCGCGCUGCUCCCAAUUUACUUCCUCUACCUUUCUACCUACCUCUUUAUACCCUCCUACCAUUCGCUUUUAGUUUAUGUACUACGCUUUUCUAUGUAUUUGUGUUGUAUUUUUUAAAUUAUUAUUUUUUUUUCAUUUAUUUUUUUGGACUAGCGCAGCCGUAAAUAAUUUAUAUGUGUGAAAAAUUUUUCAUUUUUUGGUAAUUAUUUUUUCUAAUUUGUUUAUUUUUGUUCGUCAUCUUGUUAUACGCACUUGAAAAUUUCAUAAAAAAAUUAUUAUUGUAGGAUUGCUCGAGAUGUUUUUUUUUUUUUCGUUUUUACUUCUCUGUGUUAAGUUUUAAGUGGUAGAAUUUACAUGGCGAAGAUGUCGCAUUUAUACUUUGUUAUCGCUACUUUUUUCUAAUAAUUUUUAGAUGUAUUUUUUAACGUCUUGUUAUGUAUUUUAUAUUUAUGUAUUGUGUAAAUAGUUUUAAAUAUAGUAGCUUUUAAGGUAA